CGUUUCAUUUAAUCAGCGGCUUUCAUAUUCUCCCCAAGCGAGUCGAAAUAGAAACCAUUCGAAGCGCCGACCAGCAAUCUUGCGAGUAACUCCCGCCAUGGAAAUCGCCGACGCCUCGGAGAACGGUUCGGGAAUGACCCAGACAACAAUGGCUACGGUAUCCGACCCAUCAGAAACGACGGCCAACAAUCCAGCAGUAGAGAAGUGGCCCGGCUGGCCCGGUCACUGCGUGUUUCGGCUCAUCGUUCCGGUUACGAAAGUCGGCAGCAUAAUUGGCCGGAAAGGUGAGCUAAUCAAGAAGAUGUGCGAGGAAACCCGCGCCCGUAUCCGCGUCCUUGAUGGCGCUGUUGGGACGCCCGAUCGCAUUGUGCUAAUAUCUGGAAAGGAAGAACCAGAGGAACCUAUUUCCCCUGCAAUGGAUGCUGCUAUAAGAGUUUUCAAACGUGUCUCUGGAUUUCCGGACAACGAUACCGAUGCUAAAGCAGUUGGAGCUACAUUUUGUUCGGUCCGGUUGCUGGUAGCAUCUACUCAAGCAAUCAGUUUAAUUGGAAAGCAGGGUUCCUUAAUCAAGUCAUUACAAGAGCGCACUGGUGCAUCUGUGAGGGUAUUGUCAGGAGAGGAAAAUCCAUCUUAUGUGGUAGCAGAUGAGAGGAUUGCAGAGUUGCAGGGGGAAGCCCUGAAGGUUCUCAAAGCUCUUGAAGCUGUUGUGGGCCACCUGAGGAAAUUUUUAGUUGAUCAAACUGUUCUUCCUCUCUUUGAAAAGACACAUAAUUCAGUAGGCACCCAAGAUCCUCAAGCAGAGACGAGGUCUGAAAAGUUAUCUCUGCUUACUGCUUCUCAAAGUGGAAUCGGAAUUGAUCUUCCUAUUAGGAGAGAGUCUUUGUUCCUUGAACAUGAAAAACAGUUCGAGUCACGAAUCCCAUCUUCUGGAAUUUCAUUCUUUGGGCAGGAUCCUGCACUUUCGAUGGUGCAUUCUAGUUCAGGGCUUCAUCGAUCUGCUGUUCCUAUAGUUACUCAGAUUGCUCAAACCAUGCAAAUUCCUUUUUCUUAUGCUGAGGACAUCAUUGGGAUUGGAGGAGUUAAUAUUGCACACAUUCGGCGCACUAGUGGAGCCGUCAUAACUGUGCAAGAAAGUGGUGGCCUAUCUGAUGAAAUAAUCGUCGAAAUUAAAGGCACCUCAAUACAGGUUCAGUUGGCUCAACAACUGAUUCAAGAAUUCAUGAGCAAUCACAAAGAUCUGAUCACAAGUAGCAGCGGCUACAGAGACACGGGGUAUAGGUCAUCCUCGUUUUUGCAGUUGGGCAACACAUCUUCACUUUCGUCUCAACAACCCAAUGGCGGAUACGGAGGACCGUCUAGUGUUCAACUUUUAGAUGAUCUAAUGGAGAUUACUUUGCCACUACGAUACGAUAGCCCACCACUGGCGGCUGACCUCCACCUUCAAUUUCAGCAUUAGUGAUGCUGCCAGCGACGGUUUUCCGGACUUGGUUUAAGCCGACGAUGGUUUUUCCCAUUAUAACGGAAGAAUGGGGAUGGCAGAUUUAGGGUUUAGCCGACGACGACGACGUGGAAAAGACGAUCAAGCUGGAAAUCGCAAAGCUGAACGCUAAAUGAGCAAUUGAAAGGAACAUUACAUUACUCUUGGUGAAUAAUUUGAUAUGUUCCACAGCAGAUCAUGAACUGGAAUUUCCAAAUUUCUUACAUAUGCUUCUAUUCGGUCCAUGAAUCGGAUAUGAACUAUUUUUUUAAUAUUUAAUUUAUUGGUUGA